AAAUCCCGCCGAGCCCGGCGCUUCCAUGGUGCGGGAAGGCGGCAUGGCCCGGACCCCCUACAGCUCCACGCAGGACAUCCAGAUGGACGUCUUGGACAACGCCGCCCUCCAGGGCAAGUACAGCAGGCGCAAGAGCCGCUUCAAGCGCUCGGACGGCAGCACCUCCUCGGACACCACCUCCAACAGCUUCGUCCGGCAGGGCUCGGCUGAGUCCUACACCAGCCGCCCCUCGGACUCGGAUGUGUCGCUGGAGGAGGACAGGGAGGCGCUGCGCAGGGAGGCCGAGCGCCAGGCCAUGGCCCAGCUGGAGAAAGCCAAGACCAAGCCGGUGGCGUUCGCCGUCCGCACCAACGUGGGCUACAACCCCUCGGCCGGGGACGACGUGCCCGUGCAGGGCAUGGCCAUCUGCUUCGAGCCCAAGGACUUCCUGCACAUCAAGGAGAAAUACAACAACGACUGGUGGAUCGGGCGGCUGGUGAAGGAGGGCUGCGAGGUUGGCUUCAUCCCCAGCCCCGUCAAACUGGAGAACAUGAGGCUGCUGCAGGAGCAGAAGAUGAGGCAGAACCGCCUGAGCUCGAGCAAAUCGGGUGACAACUCCAGCUCCAGCCUGGGCGAUGCGGUGACAGGGACGCGCCGCCCCACGCCCCCCGCCAGCGGUGGCCUGGACAUGGCCAGCUUUGCCUUUGAGCCCGAUGAGUUAGAGGAGGAGGAGGAGGAGGAGGCCGUGGAGGCGCAGCGCUCCCCUAAGAGUAGCGUGAGCAGUGUCACCACCCCCCCCGCCCACAGCAAGCGCAUCCCCUUCUUUAGGAAGACCGAGCACGUGCCCCCGUACGACGUGGUGCCCUCCAUGCGCCCCAUCAUCCUCGUGGGGCCCUCCCUGAAGGGCUACGAGGUGACAGACAUGAUGCAGAAGGCGCUGUUCGACUUCCUGAAGCAUCGCUUCGAUGGCCGGAUCUCCAUCACGCGGGUCACAGCCGACAUCUCCCUGGCCAAGCGCUCCGUGCUCAACAACCCCAGCAAGCACACCAUCAUCGAGCGCUCCAGCACCCGCUCCAGCCUGGAUGUCUUGGCUGAGGUGCAGAGUGAGACCGAGCGCAUUUUCGAGCUGGCCCGGACGCUGCAGUUGGUGGCCCUGGACGCCGACACCAUCAACCACCCUGCGCAGCUGGCCAAGACCUCGCUGGCCCCCAUCAUCGUCUACAUCAAAAUCACCUCCCCCAAGGUGCUGCAGAGGCUGGUGAAGUCCAGGGGGAAGUCCCAGGCCAAGCACCUCAACGUGCAGAUGGUGGCCUCGGACAAGCUGGCACAGUGCCCACCUGAGAUGUUCGACAUCGUUCUGGACGAGAACCAGCUGGAGGAGGCGUGCGAGCACCUGGCCGAGUACCUGGAGGCCUAUUGGAAAGCCACGCACCCGCCCAGCAGCAACCCCCCGAACCCGCUGCUGAGCCGCACCAUGGCCACGGCCGCGCUGGCCGCCAGCCCCGCGCCCGUCUCCAACCUCCAGGCUCCGCACCCGGAGGGGGAGCACGGCCGCCCCCGGCAGGGCCCGGGGGACUCGGGGGGCCGCGGCCAGGGCAGGGUCCCCCCGCCGCCCUCCCGCCCGGGCCCCCGCAGCCUGGCCCGCCAGGACACCUUCGACACGGAGGCUCCGGGCAGCCGGGACUCGGAGCCCGGCGAUUCCUGCUGCAUGGACAUCGAGAUGGAUCCCGUCGAGGAGGAGCCGCCGGGCACCCCCGGGGCCGGCCCGCAGCCCCCGCCCGGCUCCUGGGACGGGGCCGAGCCCGGGCUGCGGGGCCGAGCCAAGGGCCAGGAGCCCCUGGGCCAGAGCGAUGGAGAGGGCUGGGGCCGGGACGUUUACAUGCGUUAG